GCUAUUUUGUAAAUGACAUCACCAAAGUCGAGGAUUGGUAGGAUGGUCAGUUUUACAAGGCUAUGUUUGGCAGCAUGAGUGAAGGAUGCUUUGCUGCGAAAUAGGAAGCCAAUUCUAGAUUUAACUUUGGAUUGGAGAUAUUUGAUAUGGGUCUGGAAGGAGAGUUUACAGUCUAACCAGACACCUAAGUAUUUGUAGUUGUCCACGUAUUCUAAUAUUGGUUUCCUUACCCUGUUAGCAGUCUAAGACUGCAAUCCAUGCUUUUUUUGGCCUGCCCACUGUCUCCAAAUGCUAACGUUGUGUAAAUAAAGUUUGAUUUGAAAAUGUAAUUCAAAAUACAAUGCAAAAUAAUUAGUUUAUUUGUCAAAUCCUUCCUUCUAUUUGGCCUACAAUGUGGUUAAUAAAAUCCGAUGUGGAUAUAUUUGGCUGUUUUCACAAAACAGUGUGAAAUAUACACAUAAACAGCCUGAAUGUAGGAUAAACGUAUUGUGCUGUAAAAAGAUGAACUAAUUGAUUAAUCUGUUCUACAUGUCAUGUUUCUAUUGGCCGCAGACACCGAUUGUGUAGAAUCUCCCUUAUAGAGGUAUUCACACAGCACGAAAUGUGCAGAGCUAUGACAGAUAAUUCUGACAUACUAGUCUUUUGUUCGGGACGAUUUUGUGUUGCUCACUGUAGCUCCCUUCAGUAACCACGAGCACAACCUGGCGGCUUUAUUCUGUAGUUUUAGUCAGAAUUAUCACCUUCCGUGAGAACUAUAAAGUACAUGAAGAAUACAGUUAAGCACACUCUUACAACCUUAUCUUACGAGUGACUUAUUAGCUUGGUAUAACUCUGAAGUGCUUACAUACAUAACAGUUUAACCGGCGUUAUAACGGGUUCAGAUUAAACACAUGAAUAAAGGAAAAAAUACCUCAUUGGCUGCUUAUUACAGAAGGGAGGAAAUCAAAUUUCACACUUAUUAUUCCUGGCAUGAAUUCACACUUCAUCCUAACAUACACUCUUCAACCUUUAUGAACUACACCCGAUGACAUGAAAACUUAGCUAACGCAGCGCAGGAUUGCCUUCCCUCCAAAAGUGUGUUGCUACAAUAAGGAUCCCCGUUACAACAGUAUUAGCUACGUAGUUCCACUUGUAUUAUCAUUUCCCCUGCACAGCGGACACAUAAACAAUUCAAACAAAAGACAACGACAUAACCUGUAAGUCUAACUGUCAGUUACACUCACAAGUGCAUUAAAUUGCGACACGUGAAUGGGUAUCAUUAUCAUUCCAAGCUCGCACAUUGAGAGCUUGGCAUUAGGAAACCAAUAUAUAAUGUUGUAAUUUGGGUGAACUAUCCCUUUAAUCUUAGGUUUAAAAAUGGGAACAUGUCACUUAAAACACUUGUAUGUAAUUUGACUAUGAUUUGAUUAUGUUGUUGUUUUUGCACUGUUGCCAGUGUCGUCUGUCUGUGUUGUCCGUUUUGUCUUAUAUUGUGUUUUUACAUUUUUAAUUCCAGCCCUUGUCCGCACAGGAGGCCUUUUGUCUCUUCCAAGGUUGUCAUUGCACAAUUCAGUUGCCUGGUUAAAUGAAGGUUACAUAAAAAACAAGUUAAAUGUUGACAUGAACCCAGUAACUGGCAGUGAACCUGUCUUCUAUGUCAGCAAUCUAACGUCAAAUAAAUAUACCAACAUAAAAUUAUAAUUGACACAUCUCUUCUCUCUAUCGAGCCAAUAUUGUGUUGGAAUGCACAACUCCACUUCAUGAUAAGCCCUACUUCAAAUAUGCACAAUAGGCUACUACAUUUUAAGAUGAUAAAAUAUGAUGAAGUUUCUUCCUUGUUAUGACAUUUUGUCAUAUCUUCUGAAAUGCUUUGAAAUGGUUAAUUGUACUCAUAAGGUACUGAAUUAAUAACCAACCAAAUCUACAGACCUUAUAAGGAUAGAAACAAACAAGGAGGCAUGCAGAGGUGAAGAGGAGUUAGAGGAGGGGUAUGAGACAGAUACACUAUAAAAGCAGAGAGCGGUGAGCGAAAUAAUUAGAAAGUCAAAAGAAUAGAAAAGAAAGAGUUCACACUUUGAUAGAGAGACAGACAGAAGACAAGAUGAAGGCCCUACUCGUUCUGGUGGUGAUGUUCCUCGGGGCCUCUGCCCACCUCUGCCCGAAGACCUGUGCAGGUAAUUCAACAGUUGAACUACGAGCAAAUUAUGCUAUUGAGCCAUGCACUGGUCAUGUUGCUUGGUACAAAUUGGGCUCCUACUGUGUUAAGCACAUCAACCAGAUGUUGGACUUUACGUCAGCUGAGAAUCACUGCAAAUCUGUGAAGUCUGGUGCUCAUCUGGUAUCAAUCCACAGUGCUGAGGACAACAAUGCCGUGGAUGAAUUCAGUCAGUGGAGCAGCCGACAUAACCCUCGCAUCUGGCUCGGUGGUUAUGCAGUAACUGACCCUUCACAGGCUAGCAACUUCCUCUGGGUCGAUGGGUCUGAUAUGAAUUUCUCUGCCUGGAUUCAGGAACCCAAGCAACCCUCCGGUGACGGACGUUGCAUGGAGAUGAACUGGCUUGAAACCGGCAAAUGGAAUGAUAAACCAUGUAGUCAGAAGAACUUCUUUGUGUGUGCCUUUAAACCUGACGGAGGCCAUCCAAGAGUGGAAGCUACCGAUAGAUUGGAGCCUGAGGUGUCUCAGUUGAAGCCGUUGACAGAUGAGUAGUAUAUACCUGUCAGAUACCCUUUGCCUUAUAUAGCUUUAGUCUCAGACAUCACAACGACACCAGGACACUGUAAAAUGUUAGAGAAAACCCAUGGCUCAAAGACAAAGCCUUUGUUGGAUUAAAGAUUUCCACAUCACAGUCAGUUUCAAUCCACCCAAUGUAUGAAUUUCUGAUAAUGGUUGUAUUUGAAUAUUCUAAACACAUUGCAUUUGAGAAUGCUAUAUUUUGUCAGAAAACAACACAACCCUUCCAUUUUCUGGAUGAAUGGUGUUGAUAUUGCUUCAGUUGCUUGAAAGAUGAGACAUUACGCAUUGCUUGGUUAGCAAAUAAAAAAUGAAUUUUGUCAUCCA